AUGCCGAAGGCUCAAGCAGAAACAGAAAUUACUCGAUUUGUUCUGCCGGAGGAGCAGGUGCUUAUUCAUGGUUUUGACUGCAUGAAAGAAACAGAGGCUCAGAGCCCAGGCCUGGAAGGCUCCGGCUUUUUUGGCCGUUUGAACCGUAACGGGGUGUUUUCGCUUCCCCCCCUCCCCGUGUACGAAGUUCCCGCGGGAGCGGGCUCGGGCUCGGCGGUGCCGAGUCACGAUGCGCUGCGGGGCCCGGCCCGGGGGCUGCGGGCCCGGCCCGAGGUGCGGGGCUGGCUCCGGGGCGUCCGCGGCUCUGGGGUCCGGGGCCGGCCGCCUCGCCCCGCCGCGGGCCGGGCCAGCUCGCAAGUUCGGGGAGGGGGCGGCGCGGAUCGGUGCCUCCCCCCGGCCGGGGGCGGUGGCGGCUGCCGAGGGCUUGGCCUCGCUCCGGCGGGGGUCCCCGGGGGCCGGGGGCUCUGCGCUGGCAGUGGGCACCGGCCGGAGAGGGGAGUUCAAUUAAAAAAUAGUAGUAAGAAAUCGCAGCCUGCGCCUGAUGGGCGAGUUGAGGGCUGGGUCUUUGCGGGCGAGAUGAGAGGUUUGUGUCUUCAACUGGCCUACAAAGUCCCAGUUCUCGGCUCCCAGAACCUGCCGGCCUCGCAGCGGGCGAAGACGGAGCGCGGCGGCGCCGCUGCCCGGGGCCGCUCCCGCCGGGACGCGGGGGCCCGGCCCGGCGGGGCACCGGCGGGCGUUACUCGGGCGGCUCUCGCCGCCGUGCCCGGGUCCGCCGCUUUCCCGGCGCUGGGGCCGGCGGGUGUCCCAGGCUCGCCGCGGGCGGGCCGUAGGAAGGGGACGGAGCUGGUUCUCCGCAAACCUCGAGCUCCUAUUUCUACAACUGGAAUGGACGUGUUCUUUUGAAGUUGCUGCAGUUUUAGAGGAGUGAAAGGAGAGCCUGACGCUCAGGUUCACCCUGAGCCACCACCUUCCUCCGAGGCUUGGAUCAAGACCUUCUAGGUAACACUCCUGGCUAGCUGGCGGUGAGUACUUGUGUAUUUA